UCAAACGCAGAGACGAGGGCGAGGCACAGCAGCAAGAAGAGGGCGAGGCACAGACCUAGGACGAAGAUCGCGAGGGACGAGAGGAAAGCAGAGGGGAGAGGCCUCAACGGGUUUACACACAACGUUUCAGCAUUGUCGGGAAUAGGGACACCGUUACAGGCACCUGGAGUGCUUCUAGGCAGUUGCGAGCUUGAGGCGGCGGAAGGGCAACGGCAGACGGCGAAACAACCCGUGUAGUUGUAAUCCGUAGAGAUGCCUCUGAUUGGCAACAUCGUCACGGGAGGGCUUCGGAUGUCUAAGUACAUUUCCAAGUCCGCCCGGAAGCGCAUCCCCAUGACCUCCAAGAUGGGCAACAAGAACUUCUACAAGGGCAAAGGCGCGACAAAGGAGGGCAAAAUCAACAGCAGAGGUCGCUUCAUCGUCGACCCAGAGAAACGGUUGGAAAUCAUUGCUCCGGACCUUGACGGCUUCAAGCUGAAGCCGUACGUAUCGAAAGCGGUUUGGAAACCAAGACGGGGUGGUCAAGCGCAGCUGGACUCUGCAUAGCAUCAUACGGGUGGCCGCGGGAGUUUCUACGUUUUCGAUGGCAGCCCGAGCUUGAUACGAGGCUUGGGCGCUGAACAAAACUAUCUGUCAGGAGUUUCGGUGUUGGUAGGAGGGUUACAAGCCAGGUCGAUACGCGGGGUGUAGCUCUGGCGACACGGUGAUCAUGUACCAGAAUAAUUAUUUUGACAUGAGGAGAAUGUUGGAGUCUAUGACGGAGGGACGGUGCGCUUGUCAUGGAGAGGCGUUGAGUCGCGUUGUCUGUCCUGCGCGAUAUGGGACGGUCCGUGCUGGAGGAGUUCGCUCACGAGCUUACGAUGGCCUCCUCAACCAACACGGUGUGGUUGCCGUCCCUCCGCCUUUGCUUGCGAGGACGAUCACAGAGCUGAAAUCAAAAGGGUGCCUUCAGCAUUUCCUCCUGGUUGUGUGAUUGGCUGGGAUGUCCAAGGUUGCUUCUCUAGAGGCGUUUACCAAUAUUUCUCGGCCCUUGGUUUUGGCAUCUUUUAAUCGGGGCUCGACAACUCGGAGAGCCCGCACGUGGCCACGUCUUCUCCGCUGGGCAAUGAUGGGUGUCCUGUAAGAAGCGUCACGACCGGUAGAGUUUGUGUACAGAAGGUAGCCAGCCAAGGCAGCUCAGAUACAUGUGAAGAAUCGACUGAACGAGAAACAGCAGCAGCAUGUUAGACUAAUCUCUCUGCAGAUCUGCUAACUGGUCAACCGAACAAGAAAAUAAAACGCGUGAACCGACGCACAUCAUAUGCUAGCUAGCGUCCUGCGAAC